UAUAGUAUUAUAAUUGUUAUCCACUUGAAUAUAUUGGAUUUCGAACAAGCACCCAUUUUGGCGACCUUUCAAUUCACCUGUACCUACUUAUCGACUUAUUCUCGCUUAUAUGCACCCUUGAAUGCCGUCUUUGAUCACUGCGCCGCCCCAUCAUCAGCAGCCACCAUGACCCCCAGCACGCUCAGCAUCGUGGUCCAGAACAAGACGUCGGCGUCGCAGCUCUACGUCUUCGUCACCGGCCAGGCCGCGCAGGGCGUCUUCUUCCUGCGCGCCGACGGCGUCACGCCCUACUACCCGGCCUCACCGUCGUCGACGCUGCAGCCGCUGUCGCAGAACUGCGCCGUGGCGGUGGGCGGGCCGGGCCAGAGCCGCACGUUGACGGUGCCGCAGCUGGCCGGCGCGCGCAUCUGGUUCAGCCAGGCGAAGCCGCUGACGUUUUUGCUCAACCCGGGCCCGGCCGUCGUCGAGCCGUCGUCGACCAACGUGGCGGACCCAAAUUACAACAUCCAGUGGGCGUUUUGCGAGUUUACGCUCAACACGGCCGAGCUGUACGUCAACGUGUCGUACGUCGACUUCUUCAGCAUCCCCGUGUCGCUCCGGCUGGAGAACGGGUCCGGCGUGGUGACGAGCGUGCCCGGCAUGCCGGCCGGGGCGCUGGACUCGAUCUGCGCGCAGCUCAAGGCACAGGCGGCCAAGGACGGCGCCGGAUGGGACAAGCUGGUGGUGCAGCAGAGCGGCGGCGGCGGCAACCUGCGCGCGCUGAGCCCCAACUCGGGCAGCGUCAUGUUCCCGGGCCUGUUCAGCGGCUACUACCAGCCGUAUGUGGAUGCCGUGUGGAAGAAGUACCAGGCGGCGGACCUGACGGUCAACACGCAGUUCUCCAACUGGGGCAACGUCGCCGGGCGCGUCGACUCGUCGGGCCAGAAGCUCGUGUUCCCCGCGGGCUACGGCUCGUUUGCGAAGCCGGCGGCGGCGGACAUCUUUUCGUGCGACUCGGGCCCCUUUGCGGGCGGCGCGGGCGUGACGGCGCAGCAGCUCAAUGUCGGUGCGAGGCUGGCGGCGGCGCUGAACCGGUCGACGCUGCUCAACGGCGGGCAGCAGCCGGAGGGCGAGGACGUGGGCCAGUACUACCAGAACGCGGUGACGAACCACUAUGCGCGGAUAUGCCACGCGGUGAGCGUGGGCGGGAGGGGGUAUGCGUUUCCAUAUGACGAUGUUGGGAAGACGGGGGGAGUGGACCAGAGCGGGUUUUUGAAUGAUGGGGAUCCGAAGGUGCUGACGAUUGGGGUUGGGGCGCCUCUUUGAUUGAUUGAUUGAUUGAUUGAUUGAUUGAUUGAUUGAUUGCUAUAGUAGUAGUAUUGCGUUUUAUGUGUUUUGUGUUGAUGUUGUUGAGGAUGAUUGGUGUAGGUAUAUGUGAUGAUGAUGAUGAUGUGUGUGUAUAUAUGUGGCUUGGUUGCUGUAUAUAAGUUUGGCGUGUGCAUGUAUAUAUCUCUUGCUUGUUAUGUAUAUAUAUAUAUAUAGCUAUAUUUA